ACUUGCAACUUUUCUGUUAGAGCGGGUAUUUGCGCAUACGUUUUCUUGCGAAUGAAUUCAAGAAUAGGGGCCCUGAACGCACCCCUGUGUGACCUGUGACGCUGUGACUGCACUCAAAGUUGCGGGUUGCGGGGUCCUUCUUCGACUGAACGCUCAUCGACUAUUUUAAUGUGCGAAUGGUCGUGGUGUCUUAUUUUAAUAUCUUCUGUAUUGUUUUAAGAAAAUUAACACGCAAUGGCCACAUCAAAGACUACCAACACAUAUAACAGACAAAAUUGGGAGGAUGCGGAAUUCCCAAUAUUGUGUCAGACAUGCUUAGGAGACAAUCCAUACAUUCGUAUGACAAAGGAGAAAUAUGGAAAGGAAUGCAAGAUAUGCAUGCGGCCAUUUACAGUGUUCAGAUGGUGUCCGGGAGCGAGAAUGAGGUUCAAGAAGACCGAAGUCUGUCAGACUUGCAGUCGACUGAAAAAUGUGUGUCAAACAUGUCUACUGGAUUUGGAAUACGGCUUGCCCAUACAAGUCCGCGAUGCCGCUUUAAAGAUCAAGGAUGAUCUCCCGCGCUCAGAUGUAAAUAAGGAAUACUAUGUACAAAAUAUAGACAACGAAAUUGGCAAGAUCGAUCCGACAACACCGGCCGGCGCCGUUGGGAAAUCCGCCGCAGCCAGUGAUCUGUUGAUGAAACUGGCAAGAACAAGUCCUUAUUACAAGCGAAAUAGACCGCACAUUUGCUCAUUCUGGGUAAAAGGCGAAUGUAAAAGAGGCGAGGAGUGUCCCUAUCGACACGAGAAGCCGACAGAUCCUGAUGAUCCGCUGGCGGACCAGAAUAUAAAGGAUCGUUACUACGGAGUGAACGAUCCGGUGGCGGACAAGCUGAUGCGCCGGGCAGCAGCAAUGCCCAAGCUAGAUCCGCCUGAGGACAAAUCCAUUACGACGUUAUACAUCGGCAAUCUGGGUGACGUGCUGACGGAAAAGCAAUUACGCGACCACUUCUAUCAGUAUGGUGAGAUCCGCUCGGUGACAAUGGUGCCACGGCAGCAGUGUGCCUUUAUCCAGUAUACGCAGCGAAGUGCAGCUGAGGCAGCGGCAGAGAGGACGUUCAACAAACUAAUCCUGGGUGGCAGACGGCUCACGAUAAAAUGGGGCCGUUCGCAAGGCAGGCAAACUGUAUCCGUGGCGGAGACGACGAGGGAAAUUCUCGAACCUGUGCCAGGAUUGCCUGGUGCGCUGCCACCACCGCCGGAGAAUAUGGGCAACAAUUUCUUUAAUCUACAAACUACAUCUGGUAUAAUGCCGCCGAUGAUGAUUCCGCCGCCGCCGGUCACUCCUCAAUUUAUGUUCCCGCCGCAAAUGGCCUCUGCCACUGCAGCGCCGAUCUUUCCUCCGGGAACGACUCCCAUUCACUAUCCGAGCCAGGAUCCGUCCAGAAUGGGUGCCUCACAGGGUAUUGGCAAGCCCUGGCCGGAAGAGUAAUUUAAUGAUGCAAUGUAACCUUUUUUAUAUAACUAACGAUAAUGUUACAUGCGGCGAAAAUAUAUGUUCUUUUUUCAACUUAUAUUAUUUAAUAAUACAUUAAAUUAGACAAUUUGUAUGAAGAUGUAUAGAAAAUCCAUGCAAUACAAACGUUAAAUUAACAUUUUAGAAAUAUUAAAUUACAAUAUUGCAGAUAUUGAAUCAAUGCUUCAAAAGUUCCAAUGUUAAGAAAAUAAUAUAAAACUGAUUAAUGUCCAUUAUCUAGAAGACAUGUGAGGUUCUGUGUUAAAGAAAACUAAACUCAAACUGUAUUUUUGAAAUAGCUAGGUAGGUUUUUGGACCAUGAUUCAGUUUGACUUUUUGGCAGUCGAUUUGUGUCAAUCAGACACAAUUCGAGACAACCAGAACAUAAAGUCGGUGAGAAGUAAUAC